AUGCAGAAAACAACGAAGUCGAUCCGGAACGGCAAGCCAAAGGUCAGAACGGGGUGCAUUACUUGCAAGAUUAGGAGGGUCAAAUGCGACGAACUACGGCCAGCAUGUCAUCGUACUGGGAGGAAAUGUGACGGAUAUGUCUCAGCGCCAUCACCUGUUGGCCUAACAGCACCGCCCAGGUUCGGUCGCCUGACUUCGAAAGAGGCUAGAGCACAAGAGUUCUUCUAUCAUGAGACCGUGCCGCAAUUAUCAGGAUUCUUCGGCCGUCCAUUCUGGGACACGGUACUGCAGUUCAGCCUAACAGAAGCCUCAAUGCGGAAUGCCAGCGUCGCAUUGGCAACACUUCACGAGCAACAUAGCACCAACAUGUCACUGACAACCACUGAAAAAGACAGACUGAAAUUCGCAAUACAGUCAUAUAACCGGGCCAUCAACAUGAUACUGAAGAACGCAUCAGACCCAACAUCGAUACCUUUAGUUGCUGUCGCAAGCAUUGUAUUUACGUGCUUUGAAUGCCUCUGGGGUGACUCCAAGGCUGCGGCUGCCCAUGUCGCAAGCGGUAUCGGGCUGUUGAAAAUGCUCCGCGACAAGUCUGGCCAGCCUUCCGGCUCAUGGGGCCAGCAUUACCGAAACUUCGAGCUUGCCUUUGUGGAAAAGAAUGUCGCACCCGUUUUAUGCACGCUGAGUCUUUGCGUCGCGGAGUUCGGGUAUCCCACCGAGAUUUAUCUCAAUGCGUUAGAUGUUAAUGGAUGUCCUGUCUUCGAUCAACCUUUUCGAGAGCUGUCACAGGCCAGGGUUGGGAUAAUUGACAUCAUCACUGGUGCCAUGAGGACUGGCCAGGACGGUUCCCCAAACUCUCAACUUGGUAAGGCUGCACAACUUAGAGCCGCGCUCGAGCUCUGGAAAAUGCGCUUUGAUGAUUUGGUUCUGCGACAGGAACGUUCCUGGGACCAUCAAAAACUCACCGCCGCCAACCUUGUCCGCGUAAUGUGGCAAGCCACGGCAGUAGGCCUUUCAGUAGGCCCAUCAGCCGAUGAGACAGCGUGGGAUGCGCAUAGAGAGGCAUAUGAGGAAAUCAUCCGGCUUGUGGGGUCGCUGAUUGUACGCUCCGAAGAUACGCUGGGAUUGCCGCGCUUUCAUUUUGAGAUGGGCCUUAUAUCUCCAUUGCAUCUUGUGGCCUGGAAGUGUCGAUGGCCAGAUCUUCGCCGAAAGGGCCUGGCAUUGCUCCGCGCCAGCUCAAGAAGGGAAUGUCUCUAUGAUUCGAAGCUCUACUACGCUGUAUUCUCACGAAUCAUGGCGAUUGAGGAAGGCCAUCUAAUUCGGAAAAUCGGCCAGCAGUCUGUCGAGUACGAUUUACCGCCUGAGCAGGCUCGCAUCCAUCACUUUGUCUGCGAAGCUCUUUCUUCGGCAGAGGAUGAUAUCUACCGUUUACGGUUAUUUUUAAGACCGAGCUGGCCUAACCCUGAGUGUCGUCUUCAAACCGAGCAUAUAUGUCUCGACUCGGUUUUGGCCCAGGAAGAUGGUGUUUCUUUGCCAGCCGCUCCGACAAUGGAAAAGCCUCCAGUCGUGAAUUUGUUCAGGACGGGACCUGUUCUAACUAUUCCGGAAACCAAUGGACUCGAGACGGCAGUCUAG